GGGAGAGGUUGAGCGGAGGGAGUGGGAGGGCUUUUCUGUGUUUUUCUCCUUGGUUUGAAACAUAGGAAGAAAAGCAGAGACCAGCCACGCCGCCCACUGAACAGGGCGAAGCGCGCAUCAACAAUUUCGCAACCGCCGCCGCUGCCCCGAUUAAAUCCACGGAGGAGCGGAGGAGAGCAGGCACCCACUGUAGGCAGAGAGACAGGGGAGGACUGCUGCUGUUAUCCGACAGAGGAACUACAAAAAAAGCUCCUGGAGUGGGAAGUGAAAGGCGAUAAUGAGAGUAUCCUCUCUCUCUGAUGGAUGACCAUGUUGCCACCAAAGAGCUGUGACAUCACUGUGAAGCCGUGGAUGUUGGUGGACGGCGUGCUGUCUUAACUUCCCCUUGGAGUUGUGCAGCCUUUCUCCGAGACCCGUUUGACGCACCUCAUCUUAAAUAACUGCUGUUGUCUGCUAAUAUAAUUAGGGACCACCUAUCCUAUCUUUAAAAAAAAAAAAAAAAAAAAUGGAGACUCUUUCCCAAGAUUCCAUUCUGGAGUGCCAGAUCUGCUUUAACUACUACAGCCCUCGCCGGCGGCCCAAACUCCUGGAUUGCCGACACACGUGCUGCUCGGUGUGUUUGACCCAGAUGCGCAGCAGCCAGAAGGAGAUUCGUUGCCCCUGGUGCCGUGGCGUCACCAAGCUCCCGCCGGGCCUGUCCGUCUCCCAGCUCCCGGAUGACCCGGACAUCAUCACUGUCAUCGCCAUCCCUCACGCCUCUGAGCACACGCCCGUCUUCAUCCGCCUCCCCAGCAACGGCUGCUACAUGCUGCCGCUGCCCAUCGCCAAAGAGCGGGCGUUAGGCCUGCCGGGGGAGCUGGGAUGUCGUUUCCUGCCCGGCGGCCAGCAGAAGGGGGUGACGGUGGUGACCGUGCCCGAGCAGCAGCCUCUGGGCUUGGCUAUGGGUCUGGAGGGUGUCGGGGUGGGGCUGGAGGGAGGCGAGGGCGAGAGGAGAGUUACUGGCCCGGUGGGAGGAGGGAAGGGCUCCACGUGGUCCGGCGUGUGCACAGUGAUCCUGGUGGCGUGCGUGCUGCUCUUCCUCCUGGGCAUCGUGCUGCACAACAUGUCCUGCAUCUCCAAACGUUUCACUGUCAUCUCCUGCGGCUGAGGGCGGGAGGAGGCACCUCGGACUGCUGCGGGCCCCCCCCACACCC